AUCGCCAUUUUGCAACCUCUACCAGUCCCAAGACGCCUGAAAAGUGAAGGGCACACCACCUGUUUGAUCAAAUGUCGAGCUGAAAAUUCCCAAACGUUUUGGCCUUCAGGUACUCAAAUUAUAGUCUCAAAUCAAGAUGAAUGUGUUCAAUGGAUGCAAAGAAAUUCUAAAGAUUCAGAAGUUUCGGAGAAUCGUGUCGUAUGCCGGAUUCUACUGCUUCACAGCAGUCCUGACCUACGCUUACACAAGCAAUACAACCCGAGCUGGGUUUUCGAGAGCGGACCAGUUCUAUGCUUCUUACCCAGCUGGAACCGAGCUCUUGACGGACACAGCAAAGUUGUAUAAAGCUGCGCUUGGUAAUUGUUUCGAAAACGAAGAAUGGGGUCCGAUUGAGUAUUGCAUUAUGGCCAAACACUUCGAGCGACAGGGGAAAGGGCCCUAUGCGUACCAUGCUCAUUACAUGGCACACCUUCUAUCGCACGGACAGCUCGAUGGAAGUGGAUAGAAGUAGCGUUGUUCGCCGGAAGAUAAGUAGAACAUCGCAUACCAUAUCUCUAAGAAACUUGACGCUCGUGCUGGUAAUGUACGAUGCCAAUCAUAAGAUGUGAGGAUUAUAGAGCAGAUGAAUCCCAUGAUGCUGGAACUUCCUUUGAAUCAUUUUGUUGUUCAAUCACCCAAUACAACAUACAUUUAAUCUAAAUCAUGGUUGUAACAAGCGUUUCCUGAA